AUGCUUGCAUACGCGACCGCGUCCGCAGGGAUGCACCCAUCUCAUACAUUGGCUCUGAAAUUGAGGGUGAUCGCUGACGCUGGGUUCAAUUCGGUAGAAAUUGCGUUUCCUGACCUCGAAGCGUUCGCGCAGAGCGAAUACCCCGAUUACGGUAGCGCAGAUCGCGGAGGAAAAGGUGACGUUGAUACGCUUCUGAAAGCCGCAAAUCGCGUGCGGGACCUUUGCCGCUCGAUGCGACUAUCGGUCUUGACCUUAAUGCCUUUCUCCCAGUUUGAAGGCUACCCGGAUCCUUCGAAACAUGCAGAGAGUCUAUCGAGAGCGAGGACGUGGCUGCAGGUAGCUCAGACCCUAGGCGCAGAGAUGCUGCAAGUGGGCUCUUCGAACGACCCGGAGUCAAGCCCGGACAGGGAUGUCAUAGUCAAAGACUUCCGAGACCUUGCGGAAGAAGCCGCCAAGGUCAAUGUCAAAAUGUGCGUUGAAGCCUAUGAGAUGUGGGCCUGGGGCGUGCACAACAACACCUGGCAGGACGUCCUCGCGAUCUGCGCCGCCGUCGACCGGCCCAACUUCGGCGUCUGCUUCGACACCUUUCAGAUCUGCGCGCGCGCCUAUGCGGACCCGACUGCGCCCAACCGCCAAAUCUCAUCCAUGGCGCCCCUACAGCUUGCGAGCUCGCUCAAGGACCUCGUCGCAGCACUCGAGGCGGACGGUGGCAGGAUGCGCGACAAAGUGUUCUAUUUUCAGAUCUCGGAUGGCUCGUUGAACGUGUCACCCCAAGAUCUGGUCAAGUCCGCCAAGGAGCAGGGCUUGCCGCCGCUGUAUGCGUGGAGCAAUAGCUGGAGGCCAAUACCCUACCAGGACGCAACGUCAUACGGCGGUUACCUUCCGGUCGUCGACGUGGUUGAGGCCGUACUGCGGAGCGGUUGGAGAGGUCCGAUGAGCUACGAGGUCCGACAUGCCUUACCCAGCCAAGUUUCCAGGCGAAUACUCUGCUAA